GUCUCUCCUGCGCCUGCGCGCAGGUGUCGGUGCCUGGGGGUGGGGGGAACCCGGCGCGCUCGCGUCACGUUCUGUCGUCCGCCCUCCCGGCGCUCGGCUACAGCGCGCCUGCGCAGGAGAGUCGGGAGGCUCGGGUUGCAGGCUCCCGGACGAUAGAUAGCUCCUGUCAGCCUGUGGGUCGGUCCUCCCGCCGGCCCUCCCCCUCCCCGUUCCCUGGGGGAGGCGCGGUGGAGUCCGCCCCCAGGAUCCCCCGAUGGGGGAGAAGCGGCGACGGCGGCAGCGGAAUAACCGAUCCGGAGCGUGAGCGGCCCCAGGCCCCCAUUCCCCGCGGAGACCAUGGGCGACCCUGCCCCCGCCCGCAGCCUGGACGACAUCGACCUGUCUGCUUUGCGGGACCCUGCUGGAAUCUUUGAGCUGGUGGAGGUGGUCGGCAAUGGAACCUAUGGACAGGUUUACAAGGGUCGGCAUGUCAAGACUGGGCAGCUGGCUGCCAUCAAGGUCAUGGAUGUCACGGAGGACGAAGAGGAAGAGAUCAAACAGGAGAUCAACAUGUUGAAAAAAUACUCUCACCACCGCAAUAUUGCCACCUACUAUGGAGCCUUCAUCAAGAAGAGCCCCCCUGGAAAUGACGACCAGCUCUGGCUGGUGAUGGAGUUCUGUGGUGCUGGUUCUGUGACAGACCUGGUAAAGAACACAAAAGGGAACACCCUGAAGGAGGACUGCAUCGCCUACAUCUGCAGGGAGAUUCUCCGGGGUCUGGCCCAUCUCCACGCCCACAAGGUGAUCCACCGAGACAUCAAGGGGCAGAACGUGCUGCUGACGGAGAAUGCCGAGGUCAAGCUAGUGGAUUUUGGGGUGAGUGCUCAGCUGGACCGCACAGUGGGCAGGCGGAACACUUUCAUUGGGACCCCCUACUGGAUGGCCCCGGAGGUCAUCGCCUGUGAUGAGAACCCUGACGCCACCUAUGAUUACAGGAGUGACAUUUGGUCUCUAGGAAUCACAGCCAUUGAGAUGGCAGAGGGAGCCCCCCCUCUGUGCGACAUGCACCCCAUGCGAGCCCUCUUCCUCAUCCCUCGGAACCCGCCACCCCGGCUCAAGUCCAAGAAAUGGUCUAAGAAGUUCAUCGACUUCAUUGACACGUGUCUCAUCAAGACUUACCUGAGCCGCCCACCAACGGAGCAGCUGCUGAAGUUUCCCUUCAUCCGCGACCAGCCCACAGAGCGGCAGGUCCGCAUUCAGCUCAAGGACCACAUCGACCGAUCCCGGAAGAAGCGAGGCGAGAAAGAGGAGACAGAAUAUGAGUACAGCGGCAGCGAAGAGGAAGAUGACAGCCAUGGAGAAGAAGGAGAGCCGAGCUCCAUCAUGAACGUGCCUGGCGAGUCCACACUACGCAGGGAAUUUCUGCGGCUCCAGCAGGAGAAUAAGAGCAACUCAGAGGCUUUAAAGCAGCAGCAGCAGCUGCAGCAGCAGCAGCAGCGCGACCCUGAGGCCCACAUCAAACACCUGCUGCACCAACGGCAGCGUCGCAUUGAGGAGCAGAAGGAAGAGCGGCGGCGCGUGGAGGAGCAACAGCGGCGGGAACGAGAGCAGCGGAAGCUGCAGGAGAAGGAGCAGCAGCGGCGGCUGGAGGACAUGCAAGUCCUGCGGAGGGAGGAGGAGAGGCGGCAGGCGGAGCGGGAGCAGGAAUAUAUUCGUCACAGGCUAGAGGAGGAGCAGCGACAGCUCGAGAUCCUUCAGCAACAGCUGCUCCAGGAACAGGCCCUACUGCUGGAAUACAAGCGGAAACAGCUGGAGGAGCAGCGGCAGUCAGAGCGUCUGCAGAGGCAGCUGCAGCAGGAGCACGCCUACCUCAAGUCCUUGCAGCAGCAGCAGCAGCAACAGCAGCUUCAGAAACAGCAGCAGCAGCAGCAACAACAAAUCCUGCCUGGGGACAGGAAGCCCCUGUACCAUUAUGGUCGGGGCAUUAAUCCUGCUGACAAACCAGCCUGGGCCCGAGAGGUAGAAGAGAGAACGAGGAUGAACAAGCAGCAGAACUCUCCCUUGGCCAAGACCAAGCCAAGCAGCACAGGGCCUGAGGCCCCCAUCCCCCAGGCCUCCCCUGGGCCCCCAGGACCACUUUCCCAAACUCCUCCUAUGCAGAGGCCGGUGGAGCCCCAGGAGGGACCACACAAGAGCCUGGUGGCACACCGGGUCCCACUGAAGCCAUAUGCAGCGCCUGUACCCCGAUCCCAGUCCCUGCAGGACCAGCCCACCCGAAACCUGGCUGCCUUCCCAGCUUCCCAUGACCCCGACCCUGCCGUCCCCACACCCACUGCCACGCCCAGUGCCCGAGGAGCUGUCAUCCGCCAGAAUUCAGACCCCACCUCCGAAGGGCCUGGCCCCAGCCCGAACCCCCCAGCCUGGGUCCGGCCGGAUAAUGAGGCCCCACCCAAGGUGCCUCAGAGGACCUCAUCUAUUGCCACUGCCCUUAACACCAGUGGGGCCGGAGGGUCCCGGCCAGCUCAGGCUGUCCGUGCCAGACCUCGCAGCAACUCCGCCUGGCAAAUCUAUCUGCAAAGGCGGGCCGAGCGGGGGACCCCCAAGCCUCCAGGGCCCCCUGCUCAGCCCCCUGGCCCGCCCAACGCCUGUAGCAACCCUGACCUCAGGAGGAGCGACCCUGGCUGGGAGCACUCAGACAGCGUCCUCCCCGUCUCUCACGGGCACCUCCCCCAGGCUGGCUCGCUGGAGCGGAACCGUGUGGGAGCCUCCUCCAAACUGGACAGCUCCCCAGUGCUCUCCCCUGGGAACAAAGCCAAGCCUGAUGACCACCGCUCACGGCCAGGCCGGCCCGCAAGCUAUAAGCGAGCCAUUGGUGAGGAUUUUGUGUUGCUGAAAGAGCGGACCCUGGAUGAGGCCCCCCGGCCUCCCAAGAAGGCCAUGGACUACUCAUCGUCCAGUGAGGAGGUGGAAAGCAGUGAGGAUGAUGAGGAGGAAAGCAAUGGUGAACCAUCAGAGGGGAGCAGAGAUACCCCUGGGACCCGCAGCGAUGGGGACACAGACAGUGUCAGCACCAUGGUGGUCCAUGAUGUGGAAGAGAUAGCCGGGACCCAGACCCCCUACGGGGGUGGCACCAUGGUGGUCCAGCGUACUCCUGAGGAGGAACGAUGCGUGCUGCAUUCUGACAGCAAUGGUUAUACGAACCUGCCAGAUGUGGUCCAGCCCAGCCACUCGCCAACUGAGAGCAGCAAAGGUCAAAGCCCCCCCUCGAAGGAUGGAGGCAGCGAUUACCAGUCUCGCGGGCUGGUAAAGGCCCCUGGCAAGAGCUCGUUCACGAUGUUUGUGGACUUAGGGAUCUACCAGCCUGGAGGCAGUGGGGACACCAUCCCCAUCACAGCCCUAGUGGGCGGAGAGGGCAGUCGGCUCGAUCAGCUACAGUAUGACGUGCGGAAAGGCUCUGUGGUCAACGUGAACCCCACCAACACCCGGGCCCACAGUGAAACCCCUGAGAUUCGGAAGUACAAGAAGCGAUUCAAUUCCGAGAUCCUGUGUGCAGCCCUUUGGGGCGUCAACCUGCUGGUGGGCACAGAGAAUGGGCUGAUGUUGCUGGAUCGAAGUGGGCAGGGCAAGGUAUACGGACUCAUUGGGCGGCGGCGUUUCCAGCAAAUGGAUGUGCUGGAAGGACUCAACUUGCUCAUCACCAUCUCAGGGAAAAGGAACAAACUGCGGGUGUAUUACCUGUCCUGGCUCCGGAACAAGAUUCUGCACAAUGACCCAGAAGUGGAGAAGAAGCAGGGCUGGACCACUGUGGGGGACAUGGAGGGCUGCGGGCACUACCGUGUUGUGAAAUAUGAACGCAUAAAGUUCCUGGUCAUUGCCCUGAAGAACUCCGUGGAGGUGUAUGCCUGGGCCCCCAAGCCCUACCACAAAUUCAUGGCCUUCAAGUCCUUCGCCGACCUGCCUCACCGCCCUUUGCUGGUCGACCUGACAGUAGAGGAGGGACAGCGGCUCAAGGUGAUCUACGGCUCCAGCGCCGGCUUCCACGCUGUGGAUGUCGACUCGGGCAACAGUUACGACAUCUACAUCCCUGUGCACAUCCAGAGUCAGAUCACACCCCACGCCAUCAUCUUCCUCCCCAACACUGAUGGCAUGGAGAUGCUGCUGUGCUACGAGGACGAGGGUGUGUACGUCAACACGUACGGGCGGAUCAUCAAGGAUGUGGUGCUGCAGUGGGGAGAGAUGCCCACCUCUGUGGCCUACAUCUGCUCCAACCAGAUAAUGGGCUGGGGCGAGAAAGCCAUUGAGAUCCGCUCCGUGGAGACGGGCCACCUGGAUGGGGUCUUCAUGCACAAACGAGCUCAGAGGCUCAAGUUCCUGUGUGAGCGGAAUGACAAGGUGUUCUUUGCCUCAGUCCGCUCUGGGGGCAGCAGCCAAGUUUACUUCAUGACUCUGAACCGUAACUGCAUCAUGAACUGGUGACGGGCCCUGGGCUGGGGCUGUCCCACAUGGACCCAGCUCUCCCCCCACAGCCAGACUUCCCAGGCCGCCCUUCUUUCCCCUCCCUGGGCUUUUGCUUUUACUGGUUUGAUUCACUGGAGCCUGCUGGGAACGUGACCUCUGACACCUGAUGCUUUUGUGAUCACGUGACCAUCAUCUUCCCCAAUAUGUUCUCUCCCCAAAACUGUGCCUGUCCCAACUUCUGGGGAGAGGCACAGCUUUCCUUUACCAGGAAUUGAGUGGGCCUAGCCCCAACCCCCCUUUUCUCCACUUAAGAGGAGAGUGCUUGGGGCUUGGACCUGGUACCCCACUGCUGCUGACUGGGCAGGGCCCUGGGCCCCUUUAUUUGCACGUCAGGGGAGCCGGCUCCCCCCUUGAAUGUACCAGACCCUACGGGGGUCACUGGGCCCUAGGUUUUAGGGGGGGUCACAAGCCACUCCAGGGGCAGGGACCAUUUCCUCAUUUUCUGAAAGCACUUUAAUGAUUCCCCUCCCCCCAAACCCCAGGGAAUGGAGGGGGGACCCCCGCCAGCCAAAACAUUUCUCCCCUUUCCAAUUCCCCUCUCUCUUAGCCUCUGCCCUUCCCUGGUGGAUGCAGGGAACAGGGGGCUCUCGCCCCCCACAGCCCCUUGCUUGCAUCUGUAUAUAGUGUGAGCAGCAAGUAGCCCUGUCCCCCCCCUGCCCCUACCCCUCCUCAGUGUAGUGGCCUUGGAUAUCCCGUUUGUUAAUAAAGACAAUUCAACCAGCUUC